AUGGCUCCAGCAUCCACUGUCGACAUCCAGCCCCCAUCUGCCGUGGACAAUGGGGCUCCCUUAGACGAUAAAUCGGCGGUCUUCAACAAAAGGGGCACCGAUCUAAAGUCCAUGGCCGUUGGUGCCCAAACGAAGGAUGGGCGCAGCUCAGUUCCCACUAUCCCGAAUUUUACCACGAAGGAAGAGGAGCAGAGGUACUGCAAGGAACAUUUGGCCUGCGCCUUUCGCGUCUUUGCCGCCCGGGGCUAUGACGAAGGUGUCGCCGGUCAUAUGUCUCUCCGUGACCCCAUCAGACCAGACCAUUUCUGGAUCAACCCAUACGCCAUGCACUUUGCCGACAUCUGCGUCUCCGACCUAGUUUGCGUCAACGAAGACGCUGAAGUCAUCGUCGGUGAUCACGCCGUCAACGCAGCCGGCUUUUCCAUCCACUCCGAGAUCCACAAAGCGCAUCCUUGGAUCAACGCCGUCUGUCACGCCCACACUGUCUACGGCAAGGCAUAUUCUGUCUUUGGAAGGAAGUUGCCAGCCCUUAUGCAAGACUCGUUGCGGUUCUACGAAUCACACAGCGUCAACCUCGAUUAUGGAGGAGUCGUGUUGUCGUCUGAGGAGGGCAAGAACAUUGCUUCAACCUUGGGACCCAGAGACAAGGUUUGCAUUUUGCAGAACCAUGGGCUGCUGUCGGUGGGAGAGACGAUUGAUGAAGCGGCGUAUUGGUUCAUUUGCUUCGACAAGUGUUGCCAGAGUCAGCUGAUGAUCGACGCGGUCGUUAAUGCCCAGGGAGAGGGGUCGCGACCGCAGGAGAUUGAUCACGAGACGGCGUUCUUUACUGAGCAGAGAAUCGGUACAAGGCACCGAGGGUGGCUGAACUUUCAACCAUAUUACACCAAUAUGCUGAAGCAAACAGGCGGAGAGUUUCUUUUGUAG